AGCUUUUCAAAAGCAAAAGCCAAACUGCUGGGUCAUAACAUAAGCACCCCCUUGUGUAUGACUUUAAGCUGAGCCCGUUUUAUAAGUCUUCGUCUUCUCAUUACCUUCACCCAUUACUUGAGCUUCACAGUUUUACACAAGAAGGUUUGCGAAUCUGGACUGGGUCGCAUAGUGGAGUUUUGGUUGGGCCGGGUCGAAUAGUAGGCCAGUUUCACUGAAAACGGGUUGAAUCGUGGGCUAGUUUGGUUAUGCCCGGUCAAACGGGUUCAGUCAGACCAGGUCGGAUUGUAGGCCAACUAAAAACCGCCGCUGUUUCGGCCGGCGACCGAAAUUAAAAAGAAGAAGAAAUGCCGGUGCAAGAUUACUUGGAUAAACACAUGCUCUCUCGGAAAAUCGAAGACGCCGUCAAUGCCGCCGUUAGGGCUAAGGCCUCCGAUCCCGUCCUCUUCAUCUCGAAUCAUAUGAAGAAAGCGGUUCCUUCAGUGAUAACGAAGGUCAAAGCUCGACAGAUCCUCGAUAGCAGAGGAAUUCCUACCGUUGAAGUCGACCUCCACACUAACAAAGGAAUGUUUCGUGCUUCGGCUCCUAGCUCUGAUGCUUCUGGAAUGUACGAGGCUUUUGAACUGCUAGAUGGGGACAAGGGAUUAUAUCUUGGAAAUAGUGUGAGUAAAGCUGUUAAGAAUGUCAAUGAGAAAAUAUCUGAAGCAUUGGUGGGUAUGGAUCCUACACUUCAGUCUCAGAUUGAUCAGGCAAUGAUGGCCCUCGAUAAAACAGAAAAGAAGAGCGAACUUGGAGUAAAUGCCAUAUUGGCUGUGUCAAUUGCUGCUUGCAAAGCUGGAGCUGCUCAAAAGGAGGUUCCACUGUACAAACAUAUUGCUGACCUUUCUGGAAAAGGCCACCUGACCCUGCCUGUCCCUGCUUUUACUGUUAUUAGUGGAGGAAAGCGUGCUGGGAAUAAUCUGGCCAUUCAGGAAAUUAUGAUUCUCCCAAUUGGAGCUAGCAAGUUUGAGGAGGCAUUGCAAAUGGGAUCUGAAACCUAUCAUCACCUAAAGGCUGUUAUUACAGAAAAAUAUGGUGCACAUGGAUGUAAUGUUGGUGAAGAUGGUGGUUUUGCUCCCAACAUCUCGAGUGUUAAAGAAGUCUUGGAUCUUGUAAAAGAGGCGAUAAGUAGAACAGAUUAUAAAGACCAAAUCAAACUAGCAAUUGAUGUUGCUGCUACUGACUUUUGCAUAGGUACAAAGUACGAUCUGGAUUACAAAUCAGCGGAUAAGGGACAAAAUUUCAAGUCGGCUGAUGAUAUGAUUGGGAUGUAUAAAGAACUUUGUAGUGGUAAGUCAGUCUCUCCUUUUCUGUUUCUCAAUGUUUGUGUGUUUGGGGUGUCAGAGUACCCAAUAGUGUCAGUUGAAGAUCCGUUUGAUAAAGAGGACUGGGAACACACUAAACGCUUUUCUAGUCUUGGAAUUUGUCAGACUAUGGUUUUUCAGGUAGUUGGAGAUGACUUGAUAACUUCAAAUCCAAAGCGUAUUAAGAGAGCUAUAGAGGAGUCCACCUGCAAUUCUCUACUCAUAAAGAUAAACCAGAUUGGAACAGUGACCGAGAUCAUUGAAGUGAUGAAGCUGGCAAAGGAUGCCCACUGGGGAGUGGUCAUGUCUCAUAGAUGUGGUGAAACUGAAGAUUCCUUCAUAGCCGACUUAGCUGUUGGUCUCUCAACAGGUCAGAUCAAAGCUGGUGCUCCUUGCAGAGGCGAACGGCUGGCCAAGUACAACCAGUUGCUUCGAAUUGAGGAAGAACUUGGGGACGAUGCAUUUUAUGCUGGUGAAGAUUGGAGGCGAUCACACUGAUCACGUUUCUCAGGUUUUCUCCUCACAAUUCCCUUCUCCUUGUAUUCUUCAUCUAAAGGCCGCAGCUUAUACUUUUAACAUCACAAAUAUUCAGCAACAUGGUCCACCGCUCACCGAUCCUUCUUCUGCUUCAUUGUUUUGGCUAUCAGAGUGUUUUCUUCUUUGUUUUCUCUCUGAGUAAAGAGCAGUAUGGAAUUUGUAAUUAAGUUUGCUAAGGUGUUCUAGACAUGGGCGUAGUCUAGCAUGUUAAUGUUUUUGGAAAAAAGCAAAUUUUGUUUGUAAGUGCUUUUUAUCUAUUGAGCGUCAAAUGAGCCCUUGAUCUCA